CUAGUUUUGACAAACAAGAGCGGCGCAAGAGAUAAGAGAAAGGCAGUCUGAAAGAGCUCGGGAUCCCAGGAAGAGCAGUUCCUACAGCAAGAGACUUUGAGGAAAAGUUAUAAUUGCCCUAAAGAAAAGAGAACUAAACCAAAAUGCGUUGUCUCUUCUUGUUGGUUGUUGUGCUGUUGGUGGUUCUGAUGGCAGUGACCUCAGAAGCUGGGAAAAAUAAGAAAGAUAAGGGAAAGGGCAAGGGUGGUUCUGACUGCUUUGAGUGGCUCUGGGGCCCCUGUGUGCCCAACAGCGGGGACUGCGGAGUUGGCUCUCGACAGGGCACCUGCCAAGAGGAGACCACGAAACUCAAGUGCAAAGUUCCCUGCAACUGGAAGAAGGACUUUGGGGCUGACUGCAAGUACAAGUUUGGAAACUGGGGGGAGUGUGACCCUGUCACAGGUGUGAAGAACCGUUCUGGUACCCUCAGAAGGGCAAUGUACAAUGCUGAGUGCCUGCAGACCAUUAAAGCGACCAAACCUUGCUCCCCCAAGACCAAGUCAAAGUCCAAAGGCAAAAAGGGGAAGGGAAAAGAGAACUAAAGAUGUCUCGACGAAGUAGAUGCAAUAAUUCCGUCUUCUCUCUGCUCCAGGCUACUGCACAAUCUUUCUUCCACCUCCCUCUUUGCCAACAUUUCGGGACAACCGGCAUUGUGUAACUGCUAAUAAAGACCAGCCUCCUUUUCAAAAAAAAAAAAAAAAGAAAGAAAAGUUUACAAGAUGAAUUCCUUUUGUUACUUGUACAGUACUUUUUCUGAAGUGUUUUUUUUUUCAUAUUUUUUGUAGACUGUCUUGUAAAACACAAAUAGGGAAAAUGUAACAGAUAGUUUUAUUUUUUUAUAAUGCUUCAUUGAAAGAAGAAUGGGGGAGAAACAGAUUGGUGGUUAAUAAGAAUUAAUAGGGAAAAUGCUGACUUAUUUUGUCUAAAAAUAUGAAUUGUGACUUAGUGUAUGGUAAUACUAACAAUUCAACAGGGUUACAUUCCCUGGUUUGUGGCAUUUUUGAAUUUGCUAAAUUGUAAAUCCUGACGCCACUUAUAUAUAAUUACACAGACUUUGGAGACUGAUUUUUAUUAUUAUUUUUUUUGAGUAGUAUUGGGUUAUUUACUUCCAGGCGUUAUUGGGAAGUUACCUUUUUUUUUUUUUUUUUUUUUUUUAAAAAGGAGAAAAGUUAGACUGUUUGUUUUUUUUGGUAAACUCUUUUCUGAAAACCUAUACAAGUGUAAUGUAGUGUAUACAACUCGCACAUUUUGCUGUCCACUGAAAAAAGAACUUUUAGAAUUUUUUUUCAAUAAAAAAAUCUUCUGAAA